CAAAUGGUACAAAAAUUCUCUAUCAAAUUCCCCGUUCCGCAAUUUCAAUUCCAACCAGAUUUUUCGUCCAUGGAGAACAUGCUCCACUUAGCGCCGUGCCAUGCAUCAGUCCCGGACUGCUUCAUCGUCCCGCCCGACCAGCUCCCGCCGGCCGCCUCCGCCGCCGUGUCCCUGCCCGUCGUCGACAUGUCCGGCAGCCGCGACGAGGUCCGCCGAGCCAUUCUCGACGCCGGCAAGGAGUUCGGCUUCUUCCAGGUGGUGAACCACGGGGUGCCCCAGCAGUUACUGCAGGACAUGGAGGCGGUGUGCGACGAGUUCUACGACCUGCCGGCGGCGGCGAAGGCGCACCUGUACUCGGAGGACAGGCAGAAGCCCAACCGGCUCUUCUCCGGCACCACCUACGAGACCGGCGGCCACAAGUACUGGAUGGACUGCCUCCGCCUGGCCUUCUCCUUCCCCGUCGGCGACAGCACGGCCGGAUGGCCCGACAAGCCCCAGAGGCUUCGGGAGGUUUUCGAGAAGUUCGCCGUGCUGACAAGAGGCGUGGGGAUGGAGCUGCUGCGGCUGCUGUGCGAGGCCCUGGGGCUCCGGCCGGACUACUUCGACGGUGACCUCAGCGGCGGCGACGUGAUCCUCAGCAUCAACCGCUACCCGCCGUGUCCGAACCCGAGCGCGGCUCUGGGUCUCCCGCCGCACUGCGACCGGAACCUCAUCACCCUCCUCCACACGGGCCCCGUGCAUGGCCUCGAGGUUCUCCACGACGACGACUGGAUCAAGGUCGAGCCCGUGCCCGACGCCUUCGUCGUCAAUUUCGGCCUCCAACUCGAGGUUGUGACCAAUGGGAUGCUGAAGAGCGUAGAGCAUCGUGUGACGACCAACGCGGCGCUGGCACGGACGUCGAGGGCGAUCUUCAUACAGCCGAAGGAGGACUGCCUCGUCGGCCCCGCCGAGGAGUUCGUCGGCGAGGACAACCCCCCGUGCUACCGCACCGUCACGUUCGGCGACUUCCGGCGAAAGCACAGCGUCGUGAAGCUGGGGUCGUCGCUCAAUCUCACCACCAAUCUCAAGGACAUCCAGAAGGAUAUCAGAUGAGUUGUUGAAGCAGAAGAAGAAUAAAUUUGGGGAUCGCCAUCAUGACCAGGUCAUGGAUGCUGAUGAGAGCCAUGGCUGGUAGAUGCUCAUGCCACCUUGGGUGCUCUGCUUUGGUGUUGUAUUGAUGAGGAAUAUAAAAUUCGUUGACCCAUUAUUCGGCCAAUAUGGAAUCUGCAGAUUAAAUUGGUGUUGUAUUGAACAAGAUUAAAUCCGGAUUUACCGGUACGGCCCUGUCGGAAAGGAUUAAAUGCUCGACGAGUUAAUUAAACUAAGACGGUGGUGUCGUCUUUAUAA